AUGACUUCACGAGCCCUGCUGGACGCCACCCUCCAACAGGCCCUGCUGGGCGCCGCGUCCAAUGUGCUGGCCCAGCUCAUCACGGCCAGCAAGAACAAGACCGAGCUGUCGGUCGAUUGGAUCCCCGUGUUCCAGUUCCUCUUGUUCAGCAUCAUCAGCACACCCCCCAACUUUCUCUGGCAAGUAUAUCUCGAGUCAACCUAUCCAGCCCACCCCCCGGCAGCACCCGCCCCCCACGCCAAAAAGUCCGACACCGCCAAGCGCCCUCCCUCGCAGCCCGCCCCCCUCUCCAUCCGCAACACCGUCGCCAAGUUCGCCCUCGACCAGACCGUCGGCGCCGUCGUCAACACGCUCCUCUUCAGCGUCUUCAUCCACUCCCUCCAGGAUGCCAUGGCCCCGGCCCCGCGCAUCACCAGCCUGCCCAAGGCCGCCGCCUACUGGACCACCCCGGGCGCCAUCGACCUGGCCCGCGUCCGCUUCGCCGACGUCUGGGCCGUCUCGCUCGCCGACUUUUGGCCCAUUGUCAUGGCUGGCCUCAAGGUCUGGCCUGCCGUUAGCUUGCUCAACUUUACCGUCAUCAAGACGGUGCCUGCCAGGAACCUCGUCGGUGCUCUUGUCGGUGUUGCCUGGGGCAUCUAUAUGAGCAUGGUGGCCGCCAAGUGA